GCACAAGUGAUAAGACGGCCACCAACAGUGAUUUGUUACAUAUGUGGCCGUGAGUAUGGAACAAAAUCAAUUAGUAUCCAUGAGCCACAAUGCCUGAAAAAAUGGCACCAGGAGAAUGACAUGCUACCCAAGCACUUGAGACAGCCAGAGCCCAAAAAGCCUGAUGUCAGUCCCGUACAAG